AUGGCAUCUCCAUUGAAAAAAAGAAAAAGAAAAAGAACAACUCUUUUUUUUCUUCUUUCACUUUCUUUCCUUCUUUUUCUUCUUUCUCUUUUCUUUUUCCUUUUUUUUUUCAAAAUCGUUCUUUGCGUACAUUUUAAUAACUUUCAUUUUUCAGUUUCUAUUUUCUCCUUUCAUUCAUUACUUUUUUCUUUUUUUUUCGAUUUUCUUAUUUUUCUCUUUCACUAUUUUGAAUUUCUUCUUUGUAUUCAUUCUUUCUUCCGAACAAUAUUUUCUUUUUCUUUCAUUUCUUCCAAUUUUGGCAUAUUUCUAAAACAUUGUCUUUCCCCUUCCUUUUUCUACAAAAUUUCUGUUUCUUUCUUUUUUUUCUUUUUUUCUUCGAUUUCAUUCUUUCUGAAGGUUUUUCUUUUACUUUUUCGUUCUUUAUUUCUUCUUUUCCUUCUUUCAUUUUUCAUUUGUUUAAUUUUGCAUUUUCAUCUUGCUACUACUUUCUUUCUCCUUCAUUCCCUUUUUCCUUAUAAUUCAUUUACUUUUAUCGACUUUCUUUUUAUUUUUUUAUUUCUUUCUUUUCUUUUAUUAGUCUGGUUGAUAAGACGUAAACAAUCAGUCAUAAUUUCUUCUUUUAAAUAUCUUUUUUUUCAUUCUGUUUUGUUACUUUCAUUUUCCUUUUCUUUAUUUCAAAUUUUUUUGUUUUCGUUUUACUUACUUUACUGUCUUUCAUUUCCGUUUUCUUUAUCUCUUUUUACUUUCUUCAUCUCUUUUUCAUUUCUUUAUCUCUUUUUCCUUUCUUUAUCUCUUUUCCUUUCUUUAUCUCUUUUCCAUUUCUGUAUUUAUUUUUCCUUUCUUCAUCUCUUUUUCCUUUCUUUAUCUCUUUUUCCUUUCUUUAUCUCUUUUUUCCUUUCUUUAUCCUUUUCCUUUCUUUAUCUCUUUUUCCUUUCUUUAUAUCUUUUUCCUUUCUUUAUCUCUUUUUCGUUUCUUUAUCUCUUUUUCCUUUCUUUAUCUCUUUUUCCUUUCUUUAUCUCUUUUCCAUUUCUGUAUUUCUUUUUCCUUUCUUCAUCUCUUUUUCCUUUCUUUAUCUCUUUUCCUUUCUUUAUCUCUUUUUCCUUUCUUUAUCUCUUUUUCCUUUCUUUAUCUCUUUUUCCUUUCUUUAUCUCUUUUCCUUUCUUUUAUCUUUCUUUUUUAUCUCUUUUCCUUUCUUUUUAUCUCUUUUCCUUUUUUAUCUUUUCCUUUUUUAUCUCUUUUUUUAUUUCUUUUUUUUUUUUUAUCUUUUUUCUUUUUUUUUAUCUCCUUUUCUUUCUUUUUAUCUCUUUUCCAUUUCUGUAUUUCUUUUUUUUUCUUUUUUCUUUUUCCUUUCUUUAUCUCUUUUCCUUUCUUUUAUCUUUUUCCUUUCUUUUCUCUUUUUCCUUUUUUAUCUCUUUUCUUUUCUUUUCUCUUUUCCUUUCUUUAUCUUCAUUUUUUCUUUUUCUCUUUUCCUUUCUUUAUCUCCUUUUUCCUUUUCCUUUUUUAUCUCUUUUCUUUCUUUAUCUCUUUUUCCUUUCUUUAUCUCUUUUUCCUUUCUUUUUCCUUUCCUUUCUUUUAUCUCUUUUCCUUUCUUUAUCUCUUUUUUUUCCUUUCUUUUACUUUUUCUUUCUUUUCCUUUCUUUCUUUAUCUUUUUCCUUUCUUUAUCUCUUUUCCUUUCUUUAUCUCUUUUCCUUUCUUUAUCUCUUUUUCCUUUCUUUAUCUCUUUUCCUUUCUUUAUCUCUUUUUCCUUUCUUUAUCUCUUUUUUUCCUUUCUUUCUCCUUUUCCUUUCUUUAUCUCUUUUCCAUUUUCUUUAUUAUCUUUUCUUUUCUUUAUCUCUUUUCCUUUUCUUUAUCUCUUUUUUCCUUUUUCUUUUUCUCUCUUUUCCUUUCUUUAUCUCUUUUUUCAUUUCUUUAUUUCUUUUUCCUUUCUUUCAUUUUUUUUUCCUUUCUUUUAUCUCUUUUUCCAUUUCUUUAUCUCUUUUUCCUUUCUUUAUCUCUUUUCCUUUCUUUAUCUCUUUUCCUUUCUUUAUCUCUUUUCCUUUCUUUAUCUCUUUUCCUUUCUUUAUUUCUUUUUCCUUUCUUUAUCUCUUUUUCCUUUCUUUAUCUCUUUUUCCUUUCUUUAUCUCUUUUCCUUUCUUUAUCUCUUUUUCCUUUCUUUAUCUCUUUUCCUUUCUUUUAUCCUUUUCCUUUCUUUAUCUCUUUUCCUUUCUUUAUCUCUUUUUUCUUUCCUUUAUCUCUUUUCCUUUCUUUAUCUCUUUUCCUUUCUUUAUCUCUUUUCCUUCUUUUCUCUUUUUCAUUUCUUUAUCUCUUUUUCUUUUCCUUUCUUUAUCUCUUUUCCUUUCUUUUUCUUUUUUUCUUUUCCUUCCUUUCUUUAUCUCUUUUCCUUUCUUUAUCUCUUUUUCCUUUCUUUUCUCUUUUUCUUUCUUUAUCCUUUUCAUUUCUUUAUCUCUUUUUUUCCUUUUCCUUUUCUUUAUCUCUUUUCCUUUCUUUUCCUUUUUUCUUUCUUUAUCUUUUUUCCUUUUCUUUAUUCUUUUUUUCUUUCUCUUUUUUCUUUUUCCUUUUUUCUUUAUCUCUUUUCCUUUCUUUUCUCUUUUCCUUUCUUUUUCUUUUUUUUUUUUCUUUUCUUUUCCUUUCUUUUUUCCUUUUCCUUUCUUUAUCUCUUUUUCCUUUUUAUAUCUUUUUUCCUUUUUUUCUCUUUUCCUUUCUUUUUAUCUCUUUUUUUUUUCUUUUAUCUCAUUUUCCUUUUCUUUAUCUCUUUUCUUUCUUUUCCUUUUUUUUUUUUUUUCUCUCUUUUCCUUCCUUUAUCUCUUUUCCUUUCUUUAUCUCUUUUUCAUUUCUUUAUCUCUUUUCCUUUCUUUAUCCUUUUCCUUUCUUUAUCUCUUUUCCUUUCUUUAUCUCUUUUCCUUUCUUUAUCUCUUUUCCUUUCUUAUCGAUUGCGUUUUCAUUGUUUCGUUCUCUUUCUGUUUUCAUUUAUUCUCUCACUUAUCUGUGUUACUUCUAUUUUUACUAAUUAUUCUUUCUUUUUUUCUCUUGCUUUCUUUUUCACUUUCUUCUUUUUAACCUUUCUUUCUUUGUUCUCUUUUUCUUUUUUACACUCGCACUUAUCUUUCGUUGUUACUUCGAUUUCUACAAAUUAUUCUUCUUUUUCCCUUUCUUUUUUACUAUUUCACUUUCUUUAUUCCAUUUCUUUAUUCCAUUCACUUUCUUUUUCCUCUUUUUCUUUUCUUUUAAUCUCUCACUCAUCUUUUUGUGCUACUUCGAUUUCUACAAAUUAUUCUCCUUUUUCACUUUCUUUCCUAAUUUUUUCACCUACUUUCUUUUUUUCCCUUUCUUUCUUUUUCGCUUUCUUUCUUUCUUUUUCACUUUCUUUCUUUUUCGUCUUUCUCUUUUCUUUUAACCUCUCACUUAACUUUCUUUGUUACUUCGAUUUCUACCAAUUAUUCUUUCUUUUUUACUUUCUCUUUCUUUCUUUCUUUCUUUCUUUCUUUCUUCUUCAUUUUCUUUCUAUUUUUCACUUUCUUUCUAUCUUUCUUAUCCGUUACUUCACCUUUCUUCUAUUUAUUCACUCUUUCUUUUAUGCUUCAUUUGAUUCUUCAUUUUUCUUUAUCCCUUGCUAA